AUGCGUAUCUUAAGGCGGUCCCUGGGACUGACUCUGAAGGAUAAGGUCAAGAAUGACCGCAUCAGGGAAAGUCUUGGGGUUCAGCACAUUACGGAAAAAUCAAGAGAAAGGCGGCUGAGGUGGUAUGGCCACAUCAUGCGUCGGGGUGAAGAUCACAUUGUCCGGCGCACCAUGGAAAUUAAGGAGAUGAAGAGGGGUCCGGGAAGACCACCAACAGCGUGGAAAUCCACGAUCAACACAGACAUGAGGCGAAAUCACCUCGUGAAUGCUGAGACGCAGGAGCGCGCCACUUGGAGCCUUCAAAGUAGGAGGGCCGACCCCCGAUAA